AAAUCUCGACUUCCGAACGAAAGCCCCAAAAAAAAAAACUCAAAUUGUCAAAACAAAAAUGGCGAACGUACCUGUACUCGGGCUAAAAACUCACGUCCAAAAGGUUUGCAGCCUUUAUAAAAGGACUUUGCGUAAUUUAGAAGCGUAUUAUGAUAGACGCAAUGUAUACCGUUACCAAGCCGUGUUGGCCAGACAACGAUUCGAAGACAUGCUCAACGAGAAGGACCUUCGCAAGGCGACGAAACUAUUGAAAGCUGGCGAGGAGGAGCUGUUCCUUACACAGCACCCUAUUCCUAGGAAAUUUGCAUUGAGCCCCGGUGGCGUGGCCUACGAGCGUGUGGUGACGCCUCCCGACUGGGUGCUCGACUACUGGCAUCCGCUGGAGAAGGCCCAGUACCCAGAAUACUUCAAGAUUCGUGAACAACGCAAGAAAGAGUUCAUGGCAAUGUGGGAGAAGGAGUAUGGGAAGCCAGACCCUAAGGACACACACCAUUGAAGCUAGUUGUAUGUUAUGUAUCAUAGUAAAUUAAUCAUGUUUA